AUGUCAAACGUGAGGUUGCCUGAUGGCCGCCAGACUAUGCAAGUUGGGAAUGAUGAUGAAUGUAUGCAGGCUUGCUUGUACACCUGCUCUUGCACUGCCUAUUUUUAUAAUGGCACUGGUUGCACUGUAUGGUAUGGUGAUUUGCUUAAUCUCCAAGAUCAAUAUGAGGGAUCAGAUGGAGGAACUCUCUACCUCCGUCUAGCUGCUUCCGAGCUUCCAAAUCAUCAUAAGAACGGAAGUGUUUCCGGCCUUGUUGCCGGUGUGGUAGCUGCAUCUUUGGUUUGUUUCGGGAUCAUUUACGUGCGACCAAGAACUUCUCCGACAAACUGGGCGCCGGGAGCUUUGGUUCUGUUUCUAAAGGUGCAUUACCGAUUCAAUCGCUAUUCUUUGUCAAGAAACUUGAAGGACUUCGUCAAGGUGAGAAGCAAUUCGGAGCGGAGCGUCUUAGACUGGUCCACUCGUUAUCGAAUUGCACUUGGAAUUGCCAGAGGAUUAGAUCGCUUGGCGGGGGAGUUCGAUCAUGUGUUAACCAGCAUGAGAGGAACUAUUGGGUAUCUGGCGCCGGAAUGGAUUACAGGAUUAGCAAUCACACCAAAGACUGAUGUUUAUAGCUUUGGUAUGAUGCUAUUGGAAAUAAUAUCAGGAAAGAGAAACACAGAGCAAUUAGCAGAGAGUGGUGAGUCUGGUGACUAUUAUUUCCCUGCUGUGGCAGCAGUGAAUGUGAGAGAAGAUACGAUUCAAUGCUUGUUGGAUGAUAGAUUGCAGGGAAACGCCAACAUGGAUGAACUAAUCAUAGCUUGUAGAGUUACUUGCUGGUGCGUUCAAGGUUUGGAAAGCCAAAGGCCAACAAUGGGGUUGGUUGUUCGGAUGCUUGAAGGACUUACGGAGCCAAUCAACUUCCAUGUCUUCCGGAUCAAAUCUUCUGAAGAUGGUCGGUCAAUUUGGUAUCUUGGUGUGCGCUCUGGAGGUGGUCUGCAUCCCUGGUUUCUCACCGCCUACUCUCUCUGGGAACUCUGCUCUAUUUCGGCAAACAAGGAGGAGAAGAAGAUGGACGCCGGGAGAUAG